AUGAGUAACAUCAAUAUUAAUCAACAAGAAAAAACAUCUUCUUGUUUUGUACGUGCUCGCACAUCAAUACUCGCUCUGAAUUCGACUAAUAAUCGAUUGAUAGCAGCUGGACAACAGAAUUUUCAAUUAUUUUCUCUUGAACCUAUUGAUGAUAUUGAACAAUUUAAAGAAAUUCAUGAUUUUCGUAAUGCACCAAGACCGUCGGCUAUAUCACGUUAUGCAUUCCAACCAAAAUAUGUUACUUGGAAUCCAAAUGAUGAAAAUUAUUUUGCCACAGCAAGUGGUACCAAUGGAUAUUUAUAUAUGUGGGAUGCAACUCGAUUAGUUACAAUUGAUCAAUUAAAUGUUCAUAGUUCAACUGUUAAUCGUCUUCAAUUUCAUCCACAAAAUCCAAAUCUACUAUUAACUGCAUCUCAAGAUGGUUACGCAAAGUUAAUUGAUUUUCGAAAUAAUAAUGGUGAUAGAGUUGUAACAUCGUUUCGGCAUGCCAGUAAAGAAGCAUUUCGCCAUGUAGAUAUCAAUAUAUCAAAUACAAAUAAAUUUGCUUCUGUAAUCAAUGAUCAAUAUUGUGUUCCAAUUUGGGAUAUUCGACAGCCUAUACAGCCUGAUUUUUCUAUUCUUACACGAGACAAAGUCUUGUGUAUUGCAUGGAAUCCUCAUGAACAUUUUUGGCUAGCAACCGGUGGUGUUGGUGGUCAUGAUCGUGCAAUACGUAUUUGGGAUGCGAACAGCAGUGAUAAUCCCCAAGAACCCUUAUUUACCGUGUAUACAUUCGGUCAAGUAGCUAAAGUUAACUGGCAUCCAGCAUGUCGUUAUCAGAUAGCAUGUUUUACUCGUACAACUGAUCAACGUAUUCAUGUUUGGGAUGUUCGAAGAGCCUAUUUACCGCAAGCAUCGUUUUGUCACCAUCGAAAUGAUGUUGAAGAUUUUCUUUGGAAACCGAACUCGGAUAAUAUAAUAUCAGUGGAUCGUGAUGAACGUCUAGUUCAUGCUCAUAUAUCAAGUGCAAUACAAAGUGAAAAAAUUGUUUCACUGUUUUCUUUAAAUGUUACUCCGAUAGGUUGUGUUCAUGUUGCGAUGCCAAAUACUCAUAACGAUUAUGUCCAUGCAUUAUGUGCUGAUCGACAUAUUUCAUUAUCGUCAGUCAAUAUAGCAAUGUUGUAUUCUCAAAAAACAAUGUCAAUGUUUUUAAAUUGGAAUAAAAUGAUUAAAGGAGAAAGUCUUUUUUGCAAUUACUCAAAUAGUUCAUUUGAUGAUUCAAUUCAAUUGUUUCAUCUAUUUGCUCGACGGUGGACAUUUGGAACCGGUGAUAAAUCCCCAAUAGCUUUAGCAAACAUUUGUGAUAGUAAUAGUAGUGUAGCCGAAGAUUUAAAUCGGUUAGAUUUGAAAGCAACAUGGCAAGUUAUUAAAAUGCUAUAUGUUGAUGAUAAUGCUUUACAAAGUCAUCGAACAUAUCGACGGAACAAUGCACAACCCACAACUACACGUCAUUCUCGAAAUGAUCCAAUCAAUAAUCAUCGUUUCCAUUACUAUCAGCCUGGAAGACGAUUAAGAAGUAUUGAUCAACAACAGCAACACGAACAUAGGUUGAAUGAGGGAUCGACUGAUGAUGAAACCAUUAAAUCACAAGACCAAACAGCUCUAAGUGAUUCUAAAUUGGAAAUGAUCGACGAUACAGAUACAUAUAUUGUUCGAGACGUACUAACUGAUGAUAUCAUUUUUAUAACACCUGAGGAUCUAUCCAAUAAUGGUCUUGUGAAUGAUGUAUCAUACGAUAAUGAUAUCGAUAUUGAACCACGACAAGAUUCAAUGCCUAAGUCAAUUAUAUACAAUGAGCCAUUAGUAUUAAUUAAUAAACAUGGAGAUUUUCAAUUGAAUAGAUUAGCUCGUCAAUUUCCACAGGCAGUCAUGAUUGGCAAUGAUGAUGGUCAAAUGGAAAACGAACAUGAAUAUCACACUACAAAUAGUAACACGCAAACAUCUAUACAUUCAAUCUCAGCUGAAAAUAAGAAAACCUUUUUUACAAUCGAUGAAAUUUAUUGUCCUACAAUUUAUAAUCAUUCAUUAAAUUUUGAUGAUAUUAUUCGGCAAACACUUCGGCAUUAUAUAGACAAUAAUGAAAUUCAAGUAGCAGUUCAUAUUCUUUUGGCUUUAUAUCCUCAAUUAAAUGAACGUAAACGUAGUGAAUUAUUCAAUGGAGUCCAUCUACAAUGGCUUGUUAUGUAUAUUGAAUUAUUACAAAAAAUGCGUUUAUUUAUUAAAGCAAAACAAGUAACAAAACAUUGCAUAGAAACCGAAGGAAUUCCUCUUAGUUAUAAUCCAACGGAAUUUGACGGAACUCUUAUAUUUACUACACAAGCUCCAACACCUAAGCGUGCUCCACCGAUUUCUUUUCCUACAGUACCUUCGAAUAAUAAAAAUUUUCCGGCUCCCGUCAAAGAAUUCAUGUGUUCUAUUUGUCGAAUACCAUGUCGUCGUCUAUUUUCGUUUUGCGGCGUUUGUUCUCAUGGUGGCCAUAUCGAUCAUAUUCAAAUUUGGUUUAAAAUGCAUGAUGAAUGUCCCUAUGGUUGUGGUCAUAGGUGCACAUAUCUAGAUAAUCGAAGUCGUCCUAGCUGUUUAGUUUAG